UAAUAGUAAUUAAAAUGAACAGUAAUAUAUAUUUUUAAUGAAAUGGACAUUGUGCUCAAGAAUUACAUUUUUGAUUUUGCUUCCCUUGCCUACUGUCUUGUCAAUUCAACAACUGCGGGUUUCGUACGUUUUUGUGAUUUUAUCGUUCCGUUUCCUUUGCAAAUGCAAAGACAAGUUUAGUUACGCAUGAUCGCUUCAUGAAUAAAAACUACAUAUCUGUAAUAUUUGUUGUUUUCUAAUCAUUCAUGAUUUCUAUUGUACAAGUUGUGCCUGUUUAUAAGUGAAGUAGAAAUCGACAAGCUCUCAAGAUGUCCAGUGAAACGGCAAACAAAAAUUUCUCGAACCUGGAAACUCCAGGAUAUGUUGGUUUCGCCAACUUGCCCAACCAGGUGCAUCGGAAGUCGGUGAAAAAGGGCUUUGAGUUCACCUUGAUGGUGGUCGGCGAAAGUGGACUGGGCAAGUCUACGCUUGUCAACUCUCUGUUCUUGACCGACUUGUACCCUGAGAGAGUCAUACCUGAUGCUAUUGAGAAAACGAACCAAACUGUUAAGUUAGACGCUUCGACGGUGGAGAUCGAGGAGCGCGGCGUGAAGCUGCGGCUGACGGUCGUCGACACGCCCGGCUACGGCGACGCGAUAGAUAACACGGAUUGUUUCAGAUCGAUAAUACAAUACAUCGACGAGCAAUUCGAGCGUUUCCUGCGAGACGAAAGUGGAUUGAACAGGCGUAACAUCGUCGACAACCGCAUACAUUGCUGCUUCUACUUCAUAUCGCCCUUCGGACAUGGGCUGAAACCACUGGACAUAGAGUUCAUGAAGCAGCUUCACAACAAAGUGAACAUCGUGCCGGUCAUAGCGAAGGCCGACUGUCUCACCAAGAAGGAGGUGCAGCGACUCAAGUCAAGGGUAAUGGAGGAAAUCGAGAGGGAAGGCAUCAAAAUAUACCCCCUGCCGGACUGCGACAGCGACGAGGAUGAAGAUUAUAAAGAACAGGUGCGCCAGCUGAAGGCGGCGGUGCCGUUCGCGGUGUGCGGCGCGGGGCAGCAGCUCGAGGUGCGCGGGCGCCGCGUGCGCGGCCGGCUCUACCCCUGGGGCGUGGUGGAGGUCGAGAACCCCGACCACUGCGACUUCAUCAAGCUGCGGACUAUGCUCAUCACGCACAUGCAAGACCUGCAGGAGGUGACGCAAGAGGUGCACUACGAGAACUACCGCUCCGAGCGACUCGCGCGCAGCGGACAGGUGCCGAAACGACACACGUCUAACGAGAGUGGUCUAAGUGAAGCCGACUCUAACGGGCUCUCAAAUGGCACGGAAGACGCCACGGAACGAGAACGCGCGCUACGUGAAAAGGAGGCCGAACUGCGACGCAUGCAAGAGAUGCUGGAACAGAUGCAGCGUCAGAUGCAGCUGCAGGCGGCCGGCGGCGCCACCACCACCGCAUAGUGCACGAGUCCCGCACAGUUGGACAUGAGUUGCGACUUCCAUCUUCCCGACGCCUACGACGUGGUGAACACAAUACUUCGCGCCAUACCCUACUGUGUUACUUCAAAUUGACUGUACUCUACGUACGCCGUGCAAACAACGAAAUACUUGCGGUUUCCGUAACAAAAAACAGCUGGUUGCCUAUAGGAUUAUAUUAUGAUCCAUUAUUAAAUGCUCACCCUGUAUAUUACAUACAUAGCCAUUAUAAAUAACAAUGUUAAAAUAGCACUAAACAUGUCUCGAAAUUAAAUACAAGCUAUUUUGUGGUGUGGUAAUCCAUAAUAUACACAAGAUAAUUUGAAGAGUUUGAUUAAUUAUUUGACUGGAUGAGUAACAACAAAAGAAUUUGUUUUCUCGUUUUUAAAAGUUUUACACACCCUGUACUUUAAAAAAAAUGCCUAUACAGAUGUUAUCGUACACCGCGAAGUAUUUCCAUCUAAGUAUUAAGUUUAUACUCAAUUAUCUAUUAUUUUCUAAGGAUUUAGUUUAUAGAAAUAUAUUCAGAUGUAACUCUCUAUAGUUUUAGAUGAUGCAAUAUUAUGUGCACAGAAUGACCGGCCUAAACCCUCCAAAUGAUUCCAUUUGUCUGCUGAACAUAAGCUUAUAGUCCAAAGUGGUCUAACACCAUAUAUACACUUGUACCCAUAACAUGAAAACAUAGCUUAUUAAAUCUUAUAAAAUAGUAAAAACUUGUUGAGUAUACAUGGUGUUAUACUUCUUUGGUAUUUAAAAUAUUCUAUGAAACUUUAACUAGAAAAUAUUAGUAUAAAAUAAAAUCUGACGUACGUAAUAUUAAGUGUUUCCAACUUACGAAGUAAAAUAACGAAAACGAUAGGUUGUUAAACGAGGCCUGAUUUAUUGAUCUGAUGUGCAUUUAUACAUUUUCUUGUGCCAUUCUCUUUAUGAGAUCGGAUUGUAUAUACAAGUAUUUCUUUUUUAUAUUUUUUGUGCAAUUUAGAUUUAGUCUGGGUGUUCGUCAUAUUCUGUGUUUGACAGGAAGAAGGGAAGAGAAAUGUAUGUGGUGUCGGAAUGUACCUCUUUACUCUCCUACGCACACAAGGAACGGCCACAAUAGCAAACUCUUCUUGUCUUUAUCUUGAACUGAACUAUGUUGCAAAGGUGCCUAUUUAUUUUUCUUAUAUGGCAAUACCGUUAAAAAAUAUUCAUACACGUUUAUAAAUGGAAUUACCUUCCCUCGUAACAAAGAGCGAGCCAGCCGGAAUUUAGUCCAAAAAAUACGUUAUAUAAUGUUCGAAAUCCGAUCUCUACACAAUAUCGUGUUUGGCACAAAUUAAACUUUAAUUUCUAAUGUGUUUACUUUAGUAUUGUUCCUGCUGUGUAUAGUAUUAUCAAAUAUAUAGAUAUUAUAGAAUUGACGUAAAAUAAUGAGGUCAUAGACUAAUAGAGGUAGGUGACUGUGUCCAUAUUUUCAACUUGGUUCAAUAGUAUUCGAUAUUUAUAAAUUAUGUAUUUCUCUAAAUAAAUUGGAAUGGAAUUUAAUUUUUUUAAUUAAUUUGUUUGAUGGUAUUAUUUGCUUGGAAUUGUAUGUGAUGUUUAUGUAAAAUUAUUUGUAUCGAAUCGAAAGGCUGAUAUAUGCUGAAUGUGUUAUGGUGUUAAAUUCUAACUUUAUUAGGUACUUAAAGAUCUUAUCAUUGUAUUAAUAAGAAUUCAUUCCCGCAUUGGUGCAUUUAUAUUUUUUAUUAUAUAAAAUGUAAAACAAAUAACGACAUAUUAUAUUGAAUCGCUAGAAUAUUCGUAAUCGUAGAUGUUAAAUUGGUGCCAAAGCCACGGUUUAUUGAAGGAUGAUCAAUUAUUUAAUGUAAGAUCGGUAUGGUUUAUACGCAUGACUUCAGACGCAUUAGGUACCUAAAACUGUAAUAGAUUCUCUUAUGUAAUCAUAUUUUUAUAAAUAAAUGUGGAAAUGUA